AUGGAUAUAAAAUACAAGUUUGUUGAUUUAAUUGGUUCUUCAUACAGAAAUGGACCUGUUCGAUUUUUACCAGAUAAUUUUUCGUUACUUUGUGCAAAUGGAAAUAGAUUAAAAUAUUUUGAUUUGAAAAGAAAUACUUCCUUUACAUCAGAAAUCCAAUUAAAAUGUAACAUUAUUGCUUUUGAUAUAAACUCAACUGGAACACAUGCAAUUGUUGGGGAUGAACGUGGAAAUUGUACUUUAAUACAUUUGGGUAGCGAUGUAAUUCUCUAUAGAAGGAAUUUUCGACAAAAAAUCAGAGCUUUGAGUUUUUCUAAUGAUUCAAAUUUUGUUGCUGUUGGUACACAAGGAAAAGUUUUUAUUUUUUCUGUGGCUGAUAUAUCUGCAAAUCAAUUUGUACCUUUGGCUUUGUUAAAUAGAUUUAUUCAUUCUGAAAAUAAGAUUAAUGCAAUUGGAUGGUCUUUUGAUGGAAGUUUAAUCGCCGUUGCUGGAAAUAGAAUUGUUAAAAUAUUCAAAACAGUACCUGAUUCUUCUAAAAAUCCUGGAGGUUUUACUUUUGGAGAAAGAGCUUCAGUUGUCGGUUUUCUUUCUGUUGAUAAAAGUGGAAUGUGUAGCAUUUUUGAGUUGGAAGAUAAUUCUGAAAAAUUGAUAUUUGAAAGAAAAAUUAGCAAAUGUUUAACUUCUUUAAUUGGUGUUACUACACAUUUGGGGCUCUUAUCCGCUUCCGUUAACAAACAAAAAAAGUUAUUGGCUACUGGAUUUUCAAAUGGAACUUUUUGUAUUUUUGACAUUCCUGGACUUUCUUUACUACAAAAUUUUAGUAUUGGUGAUAAACAAAUAAAUUCAAUUAAUUUCAAUUCUCGAGGGGAUUGGUUAGCUAUAGGAUGUGGAAGGGGAAUGGAUGCACAAUUACUUGUUUGGGAAUGGCAAAGUGAAUCUCAUAUACUUAAACAACAAUCACACAGUCAAACAAUUACUGCUAUAGCGUAUUCUCCUGAUGGUUCAAUUUUGGCAACUGGGGCAGAGGAUGGAAAAGUAAGAUAA